CGGCCAUCAAGGCCAUGUGGCCCUGUCCCACUCAACUCACUCCAGUUCCUGUACAGCUGCAGUAACAAUGGCCCUGGAGGACAUAAAACAGUGUUGCUUGCUGCUGGACUCCAAUAGGGUCACAGACCGCAAGAAAGGGUGCGAUCGGCUGCAGCAUCUUUUAAAUAAUUCAAACAUUGUUUCACAUUUGGAUACCAGGCCUAGUGACAGCUUCAACUGGGACCAAGUCUUCUUCAGUGUGAAGAAAUACUUCCUCAAGGAGUGCCAAAAACUUGAGGAAGAAGAAAGGAAAAAACCAGAUGCUUCACAGACGAUUCUUAAAAGCAGGGCCAAUCAGAAAUGUUGUGCUGCAGCUUUACCAAAGCUCGUUUUAAAAAAGUCUUCCCUAAAAACUCCACAUGUGGCUGCUCACCAUGUUUUAGACCUAGUACUGACAGUACUCAACAGAAGCCGACCCUAUCUGCUUGAAAACUUUGCAGGAGACGUCAUUCAAAUUACACAAAACUAUCUGUUACGUUUUCCUCAAUAUCAUUUGGUGGUACCGGUGGAAAACUGGAAAGAUCUAAUGAGAACAUGCAUAUGGGUGUAUGAUAAUAACCUCCCCAGUACUGAUGCUCGGACCACUGUCAGUGUUAUGGAAGGUAUUAUAAAGUGUUGUAAAAUGAGAGGAAUUCAACACCAAGAUUUUGUCCCAACUAAAGUCUUAAGACCUAUGCCAUCAUUUCUCAAGAGGGCUCUGGCAAACAAAAAAUUGACAUCUCAUCAUAAUCUUCAGUCCAGUUUACUUAAACUUCUGCUCACAUUUACUAAGGCUAUGGGAAGUGAAUGGCGAUAUUUGGUGUGUAGUGUUGGUGAAGAGACACUGAAUUCAGUAUUAACCAUGUGGGAGAGUUGUCCUUCUGCUCGUCAGACGCACUGGCUUGAGUAUAUCAACCUGCAGAUACUAAUACACUGUCCACAAAAGGAUGGCAAGAUGAGUGAAGAAAGCACUUUCAUUCAUGAUUCUCCUAGAUGGCAGCAGUGUCUGCACCACAUCUAUCAACUUCUAGUUGAUCACUUAGAUGAGAUAGCACUGAAGAACAAAGUUACUCAAGGUUCUAGUUUAAAUGCUAAACCUUACACCAUACCUCCACUUCUGGUAACAUUAAUAGCAAGACUCUGUCACAAGAUUUUUGAAGAUGCCAAAGGAUAUGGAGUUCUCGAUGUGACCCAGCUGAGCAGCAUCCAGACCAGUGGUACAGUGGGCAACAGGCCUAACAAGAGAAGAAAAAUUGAAGUAGGAUUGCAACCUUUGGCAUGCAUGUUACGUGAACAGGGAAUGGAACUCCAUACAAUUCCGUGGUAUCAAAUAUUGCAUGAGAUGCUCAAGUCCUACACUGCUUUCUUUGACCAAGCUCGGUGUUCAUUAAUGUUGGAGUUGUUCACCCACAACUUAUCUGAGUGCAGGAAGCCAACUAUCCAGGAACAUAUAAUUCGAUGCCUUGAAGCUUUAGCUCAUCAGUACAAUAGAAUUUAUCCUCAAAAUGACACUGAACAUGAGUUAAGAAUGGGCAAAUGGACACCAGCUUGGGACUUGACUUUGAGGUUAGUGAGUGGUAAGCAGUGCACACAGUCUGGCUUAGAACUAUUACAGUCACUGAUGGAGACUGGUCUUGUUAGUCCCACUUCAUCUGUCUUCAAGCUCUUUUAUCAGGGUUAUGUAGAUAUGAAUGAAACUGCACUGUCCACCCUUCUAGUUGUGUUUUCCUUGGUACCACUUCCAAAAUAUUUUAAGAUUGAGUCAGCUGUGUUGCUUGAGGAUCAAGUGAAAGAGGCAAGAAUUAACCUUCUUCACAUGCUCUUACCAGUUUAUUAUGAGGGUUGUGGGGUGACUGGAUCUAUGGUUUCUGUUGCAUCACUACAAAGUCCAUCACUUCUCGCCCAGAUUUUAUUACUGCUGAAACACAGAGAUCCAAGGUUUGCUCAGAAUGAAAGGAAAACAUUAAUUGAACACAAGCAGAAAAUAUCAAGUACACAGAAAAACUCGGGAUUUCUCACUCGCCUAGAAGAGAGUUAUCGUCUGGCUACAUUUUUAUGUGACUUACCAAAGAGUCAGCACAUUGGUAAUGACUCUAUCCAAUUGCAAGCAAAUUUUAAGGAAGUGAAGAGCCUUCAGAAGGAGGAGCAACAGAUACUAGAGAGAGUGAUAACUUUUAUUGACCAGGUGAACAAUGAGGAUUUACUUAUCACUUCUAGUGGUAGACAAGUUCUGCUUCAAGUGACUGAGUUGAUCAUAAAUAUGCUGCUUCAUUUUUCUGACCAAAGAUUGGAGGUAAAAUUAAAACUGGUAUUAGAGUUGGUGACUUCAGGAAUAAAAAAGAUAUGUCCUGAGCCUGGGAUCUAUAACUGGCAGGAUUUACUUCAUAUAUUAGAAUAUCUCCAUUACUUGUACACCUUUGUGGGCAGCUGGACAGAGUUAUCACAGAAUCCAGCUGCAAAAAGUAAUGGACAAAAGGUUCAAGAGGUCUUGUUAUCGUACACACCUCCAUCCCUCUUGACUCUCAUCCUAGACUUAGUGAGAGCGAGAACUGAAAAACUUAUGAAUAACGUGCAGCCUGGAGUCUCUCAAACCAAUACCACUCAAAGGAACUCAAUGAGUAGAGGUAAUUCUUCUGAUACUUUAGAUUUAGAUUUUGAUGACUUUGAUGGAUCACCAAUGGAAACAGUAGAUGACUUUGAUCUAGAAGCUGAACAAAGCAGUUCAAUUUCAAAUGAAAACACUGAUGAACAAAUCAUUAUAGAAGAUGUUAGUUCCUUCAGUUUACAAAAUCAGUGCAUUGUGAUGGCACUACAGUGGUUGGUUGUAGCAAGUGAGUCAUCAGGGACAGCUCAUGAGUCAGAUGAUAAUGCCACCUUAUUGAAAGUUAUCAAUCUCUUUCUUGAUUCAUCACAAUGCUACAAUCUGGUGACAGCUGAUGUUGCAGUGAUCCUGAAGUUUGUUCGUACACUGUUUAGUGCAAAGUAUGAGGAGGAAAACAUUCAGGAUGGAUUUGAGAUCCUGAGUAACUUAUGCAAGAACCAUGCCUCUGAAUAUCAGGUUGCAACAUGUGUUCUUAAAACAAUCGCAGGUCUCAUCUCCGUGAAUGGUACUCGCUUAUCAGCUGCCCUACAGGGAAAUGUUGUAAAGCUAACACGAGCCUUUGCUCAAAAGCAUCAACAGGGAAAUUAUGGGCAAAGUGUCAGUGAAGCCAUAUUUGCUCUUAAUGUUGAACUUAGUAAGGUGGAUCCUAAACGUAUGUGGUCUCGGUACAUUAUGUCAGAGAAUGACCGUUGUGGAGAAGUUUAUGACCUUCUAUGUAGUCCAAGCCAUGAAUUACGCAUGAUGUCUGCAUCUUCAAUUCAUGAGUUGUUGGUUAAGACUGAUGGAACAUUAAUGGAUUCUCAGCAUCAAGAUAAAAUUUUUCGGGAGGUUUAUCAAACUGCACUGGAGGCUUUAACAAUACAGGGAACAGUUGCAGAGGACUUCAAAACUGAUGAAAGCAUUAACAGAGUGGCAAGCUUUCUUCUUACUUUAGGAAUAAUAGCUCUAAAUUCUCCAUACUUGGAAGCCAAAGCUCUCUUUGCUCUCUGCCUAGUUGUCCCAGAUCAUGGAGUUGACGCAUCACUUGUAUCAAGGCUCAUAAGCAGAGUGGCAGUCUCCAGAGGCUCUUCACUGAAGGAGCUGAUGCAUCGCCAUUUACCAUACCUGGUAACACAGUGGCUUCAGCAUAAUCAUGAUAUUGCAGACUUUCCUGUUAGUAUUUUAGAAUACACCAGUAAGGAAGACUUCCUCAAUGAGAAUAGGAAUGUUCUACUCCCAGUUCUGUUUGAGUGCAAUCAGAAUGAUAACACUGAUUUGUUGGCACAGAGUUUGGGCAGAAACGUCUCCGAACUCUUGCAAACAAAUUUCCCAAAACUCAUGGCCCACAUUUUCCCAUAUAUUGCUGCUGAAUGUGAUGAAGUGUUCCUCAGUCAAUUAUCAAAAGUAAAGAUCCAAGCUGCUAAAAGACAAUAUGUACUACUUAAGAAAACUCUUGGAGAAGGAAACUUCAUCAAUAUGAUAGAGAAACAUGUUGGUGACAUGAUGCUUUCCUUAGUGAAGUUGGUACAUAACCCUCAACCCAUGGUGGAGGAAGAAGUGAUUGUUGAACCAAACCCUCCUCACUUUCCUCCAGCUGUGAUAGACAGCACUUUGAAGUUUUUAGGGGAAAGGUUUGGAGAGGAUUGCCCUUUGGUUGCUGUUUUGGCAUCAAGAAAAGUUGAACUACAUAAAGUGCUUCAGGGUGUUCUAGAAUACUUGGCAGGAAGCACUGAUCUCUACACCUUUCGUCUUGCUCUGUCAUCUGUGGCUGCUGUUGUCCGCUCAAUAUUGCCACAUUUAAAAGAAAAACUGAAGUCUGUGUCUGCCUACAUCAUCCGAAUCUUGGUACAUUGUCUUACAUGUUACACCUCUUCAAUCCUGGAAAAGGCUCCAUAUUUGGCAGAUUAUUGCAAUAGCAUCUUACAGACGGUGUGCUGCUGUGCCUUACAACAUUGCCCUGGAUCGUUUAUAUCAGUCAUUCCAUCUCUCUUUGCACGUUUAUUACCACUCACAAAAACAUCAUCAGCUGUUAAGGAGUCAGCUGUAAGUAUCAUCCGUGAAAUAUUGACAACCACUCACCCUGAUGUUCAACUUGCUGUGUCUGAUUUACCACCUUUACCAGAUGAUGAAGAGUUUCAGAGCCUGGACACUCUGAGAGAAUUUCAUAUUCAACUUAAGGCUUCUCACCGUGGUAAUCUCUCACUUCAUGAUGAAACAGAAAAUUUUCUCUCUCAGUCUUUGGGUCAGAUAAAACCACAUUCUGUUUUACACCUCCUGACAAUGUUACAAGUUCACAGAGUUCGGAUUGGAGAGUUGUAUAGAACUGGUGGAUUAAACCAAGAGAGUGUGGGACAUCAGCUCACCUACCGCCUUAUUACCCUUGCAUCUGGAAGUGAUGAACAGGUUGCAUUACAAGCAAGCAGAUGCCUUGGAGAGUUGGGCCCCAUCUCUCUUGGAUCACCAGUAUUCUACAUAGAAGACGAGAAUUCUAAGUUUGUCAUGAUUGGCACCUCAGAUAGCGAUAUUUAUUGUAAAAUAAUCGCAAUGUUAAACAGAUAUCUGACCUCAGAGGACAAUAAUGUUGUGCAGGCAGCAGGUUCUGCCUUGCAGGAAGUCUUGUCAACAAGGUAUGGUUAUAAUGCUUUCCAUAAACUCAGUGCAACAGUCAAAGAAGAGUUGAUUCUUUUACUUCCAAACUCUAAACCAAAAGCAAAAUCCACCAGUUUUUCAGGAGUAGAUGGUAACAGCUAUAAGGCACUUGUGGGAAACUCUGACCUCUGGUUUUGUGGGAGCAAGUAUGAGGAGUGGGUAACACAUCUGGCAUGUGAGCUUAUUCAGGCUGGCUGUGGCAGUGAAGUUAUCACACAAGUCUUACCUGUUUGUAAGGUGAAGCCCGAGUUCAGUGCUUUUAUGCUGCCUUUCAUCAUACAUUCAGCUCUUCGGACAGACCAUUCUAAUCGAAGGGAAAUUCUGUCAAAGCAGUUUUCAAAAUUUUUUGAGCACCAUGUGGAGGUCAUCAAACCUGCUGUAGAUACAAGGGUUGGUGGUAUAGAUAUGUGCAUUGAUAAAGCUGCUCUACAGGUUUUACUUAAUGUAAUAAAUUAUCUUCGCGCUCAAACACCAGAUAAAGCUUUUACUGACAGAAACAAAGUGACACCCUGGGAGAGGAACUUUUGGCUCCAGGUGAACUACCUGCAAGUGGCUCAAGCUGCUCACUAUUGUGGAGCACAUUUUUCUGCACUUCUCUUUCUCCAUAUUCAUUGUGAAAUAUUACAAAGUGAGGUGCAGAAGACUCAGAAUGGAAAGAAUUCAUCAGUGAAUAGACAAAUUCCACCAUUAAUGCAGAUAUCACACCUCCCUGAAGCUGUUACAAUCAGUCAACUAAUGCUUAAGGUGUACAGUAGCCUUAGUGAUGGUGUAGAGGGAUGUGUUAAAUGCAGCAGACUCAUUGACUCAUCUGCCAGGGCACUACGCUGCCAACACCGGGGCCAGUGGAUGGAAGCUUUUGCCAUUCAUGAUGCUGCUAAUUCUACUUUUGGAAUGGUUAAGGGGCUACGUGAACUUGGGUUUUUCAAUACUUUGAGUAUAUAUAUUCAAGGAGUAUCACUCAAGUUUUCUCAAGAAGUUUCAGAAGCACGGUGUGAAGCAGCUUGGAGACUUUCACAGUGGGAGUCCACAGAAUUUGAUGGAAAGAGUUCAGAAGAUGAAACAGAAGAUGGUGUUAAUUUUCACCACCAUAUGUUACAUGCCCUCCAGUCCCUCCAUUAUCAAGACUUUGGAUCACUUCAGCAACAAACCCACCAGGCUAGACAAGGGGUCAUAAGGCAACUCAAACUUAGUCGAGCAGAGAGCAGCAGUUCCAUAUAUCCAGUACUGAGUCAGCUUCAGAUUUUAUCUGAACUAGAAGCAGCAUCAGAGUGUCUUAACGACAUCAACUUUCCAAACAAGUUUAACACAAGCAUCCAAAAUUUAGAACAUAGGUGGAUGUCAAAGAAGACUCUGGCUACUGUUGAGUACAAGUAUAAAGAACUCAUUCUGGCUGCUAGAGUAUCUACACUCCGGUCACUAACACCUCGAGACAAGGAAGGCCACAUCAACAGAAUUCUCCACACAACUCUGAUAACCAAGAGCUUUCUCUCCCGUCAAAAUCGGAAAUUGGGAAGUAGCUUUGGAAGUGAAUCAGCUCUAUUGUCUGCCUCAAGAUUGAACGUUCCCCAAAAUCUGGCUUGGAAGACACGCCUGGAAGAAGCAGAAGUAGCCAAAUUUCAUGGAGACAUACAACAUUCUUCACAAGUCCUAAAUUCUCUUGUUGAGGAAAUUCAACAGGUGGCGCCACAUGUUGAAGAAAGUAAAAUAAUGUGCCGGGUACUGAAUCUCUAUGGUUGUGUGCUGAUGGACUCAAGAACCAAACCUCCACAAACUGUUUUCCAAGAUUAUUUCCAAAGAGCUGUUGAUAUUUUGCAGACUUGUAACAGAGAUGUGGAAGCCAACAAAGUUUUAGAAAAUAGUUACCAUUUGUGGGCUACGUUUGGUAACAAACUUUACCAAGAGGUUCACAAGCUUCUAGAAUCAGACACUAUUCAGACUAAAAAAGAUAACAUCAUGCGGUCCAGAGAGGAAAGCAGUCGUGUGAGGAGUCUUCUGGAAAAGAUAAAUGAGGAGAAAGAAGCGAAAGAGUUAAGCAAAAAGCUUAGUAUCUUGGAAAGGAAUAUCAAGAUUGACUGUAAUGUCCUCCAGGAGCUGGAGAAACAAAAAGAUGUAUAUCUUUAUUUGGCAAUGAAGAACUAUUUUCAGUGCCUUUUGAUGUCAAGUAAACAUAACAUGCACAUCUAUAGACUUGUGGGCCUAUGGCUGGAAAACUCUAAUGAGGAGAAGAUCAAUGAAUUGGUUUUUGAUAACUGUAGCAAAAUGAAGAGCUAUCAGUUUGUUCCUCUGCUGUACCAACUUGUUGCAAGACUAAGCUGCCAGAAAAACCAACAACAUUCCUUCCCAAAAGUGAUCUUCCAUGUGUUAGAACGAAUGUGUCAAGAACAUCCUCACCAUUGCUUGCCUGUAAUCAUUGCCCAAGCCCAUGCUCAUGCUGAUGAUGAAUUAGUGAGAAUUGGGAGUAAAAGCAAAAAGCAAGAGAAUCAAGUUGUUGAGGAGGAUCGUGUGCAAGCUGCAAAGAUGUUGGUGCACCGAUUGAGUACAUCAGCUAUUGCUGAUAAUAUUAUAGAAUUUCAGAAAGUAUCUCUUGCCUACAUUUCAUUGGCUGCUUGGUGUGACAAGGGCACUAAGUGUCCUGCAGGAAAUAAGGUAAAGAUACCAAGCAAUCAAAUAUUAGUCAAGCUUCAAAAUCUGAAGUACACUGCAGCAUUGACUCGACCCUUACAACUUCAGCCUUCAACCAUCUACACUCCAUCACUAAUUGUUGGAUGGGAAAAUAUAUGUACCUUUGUUGGAGGAAUUAAUGCACCAAAACGACUGACUCUGAGAACAUCUGAUGGACUGAAGCAAUAUGAGCUUCUGAAAGGCAAUGAUGACAUCAGGCAGGAUGCAGUGAUGGAACAGGUGUUUGGAAUAGUCAAUGAGCUCCUGGCCAAGAACAGUGAGACGAGAGAGCGAGCUUUAUCCAUGCGAACCUAUCAAGUGGUUCCUUUAUCACAGAAAAGUGGACUCAUUCAGUGGUGUGACAAUACUCAGGUAAGGGCUAAUCAGUUGUUUACUAUCUGGAAGACAUACGCUCACCCAUAUUCACUACAAGCUAGUUAUUGCUACCCAAGAUAACCAUCCCCUCUGUGGUCUCCACGUAAUAUAUAUACAGUCAUGCAUUGGUUUACGUCCGUCCGAACAACGUCUGAUCGCAUAUACGUCCGUGGCCCAUAAAAAUAAUAAGAAAAUAAUGGGGAUAAAAAAACCCAUUCAGACAACGGGACGUAGACAUUA